GCGAAUCGUUCCAAAUUUCUCUAAGCAGAAUGAAUCCGACGGCUAUAAAUCCAUGAAAAACUCCGCCAUUAUUGUGUUUUCCCUGUAAAGCAUCAUUCUUUUUUAUUUUGAACUGAAAAAAGGCAUCAUUCCAGUAUCUUAAACAGCACCUUCCCUUCUCCUCUUAUUAUAAUUGCACUGAAAAAAACCACCCCAUUUCCUCCAUAAUUGUACUGUCUUAGCUCCAAUUUCUGAAGAAGAAGAAAAAGGGUCUUUAAUGGUGUUCAAAUCUUGAAUUGUUAUAUAAAGUUCCGUUUUCUGAAAAAGGGUAUCCAAAUCUUGAAUUUUUCUUUGAAUUUGUUGAACUAGUACCCUUUUUUCAUCCUUACUUGUACUGUCUAGGUCCAUUUUCUUAAGAAGAAGAAAAAGGGCCUUAAAAUGGUGUCCAAAAUUUGAUCUUUCUUCCAUACUUGUGUUGUCUAGCUCUGUAAUAUCCAUUUUUCUGAAAAAGGGUGUCCAAAAUUUGAUCUUUCUCUUCAUUUCCUUCAUACUUGUGUUGUCUAGCUCUGUAAUCUCCAUUUUUCUGAAAAAGGGUGUCCAAAAUUUGAUCUUUCCCUUCAUUUCCUUCAUACUUGUGUUGUCUAGCUCUGUAAUCUCCAUUUUUCUGAAAAAGGGUGUUCAAAUCUUGAAUUUUUCUUAAAAUUUGUUGAACCAGUACCCUAUUUUCUUCUUACUUGUGUUGUCUAGCUCUGUAAGUCCAAAGUUUUGAUUUUUCUUAAAAUUUGUUACUAAAACUUGUUAUUGUUUUAACUUUACUCAACUCUUUUGAUGUUUUACCGGAUAUAGAAAGUUAACAACCCAUUUAUUCUCUAGAUAUCUACCAUUCAUCUUCUUGAAAAAGGGUGUCCAUAUCUUUGAUUUUCUUAAGCCUUUUUUGUGUUCUUGUGAUCUUUGCCAGAAAACCCAAUUUCAGGUAACUUAUUGUUAGGAUUGGUGAAAAAAAGAGGUUAGAAUAUGGUGAGUAAUGUGACUACCCCUAGGAAAUCUAUACACAGAGUGUUGGAGAGAGUUGGGGUUUAUGGGUUUGUUGGUGGUAGCAGCCAGAAGAGAUUAAAGUGUGAUUUUCAAGAUGAGGAAUAUGACACCAUGGAAAUGGUGCAGAUUGGUGCUGAAAGGACUAAAAAUGUGCUUAUUUUGAUGAGUGAUACUGGUGGUGGACAUAGGGCUUCAGCUGAGGCAAUUCGAGAUGCUUUCAAGUUAGAAUUUGGAGAUGAAUAUAGAAUUUUUGUGAAGGAUGUCUGGAAGGAAUACACUGGCUGGCCAUUGAACAACAUGGAGCAACAAUACAAGUUCAUGGUUAAACAUGUUGGCCUUUGGAGUGUUGCAUUUCAUGGCACGUCGCCUCGUUGGAUACACUCUGUCUAUCUUGCUGCUAUUGCCGCCUUCUAUGCUAAAGAGGUAGAAGCUGGCUUGAUGGAGUACAAGCCAGACAUAAUCAUUAGUGUUCAUCCUCUCAUGCAACACAUUCCUCUAUGGGUUCUUAAAUGGCAAGGCCUACAGAAAAAAGUUAUUUUCGUAACCGUCAUUACGGAUCUCAACACUUGCCACCGGACAUGGUUUCAUCCAGGAGUCAAUCGUUUGUACUGCCCCUCUGAGGAGGUAGCAAAGAGGGCAUCACUAGAUCGCUUGGAAGGAUCUCAAAUACGUGUUUUUGGGUUGCCCAUCCGGCCUUCGUUUUGCCGGGCAGUUCUUUCCAAGGAUGACCUUAGAGUAGAACUUGAGAUGGAUCCCACAUUGCCAGCGGUUUUGCUGAUGGGUGGCGGUGAAGGGAUGGGUCCUGUGAAGAAAACUGCAAAGGCUCUUGGAGAAGCACUCUUCGAUAAGGAACUUGGCAAACCUAUCGGUCAAAUGAUUGUCAUCUGUGGACGCAAUGAAGCCUUAGCAUCCACAUUACGAUCACUCGAAUGGAACAUCCCCGUUCAGAUCAAGGGAUUUCAGAAACAGAUGGAAAAGUGGAUGGGCGCUUGUGAUUGUAUUAUCACAAAGGCUGGACCUGGUACAAUUGCAGAAGCAUUAAUCAGAGGGCUUCCCAUUAUUCUGAACGACUACAUCCCCGGACAAGAGAAGGGAAAUGUUCCGUUUGUAGUUGACAAUGGAGCUGGCGUUUUCACACGACGCCCCAAGGAAACAGCUCGGAUUGUUGCAGAAUGGUUUACCACCAAAAGCGACGAACUUAAAAGGAAGUCAGAGAACGCGCUGAAACUUGCACAACCUAAUGCUGUCUUUGAUAUUGUGAAGGACAUACAUGAACUUGCAUGCCAGAGAGGUCCUCUUGCCAACAUUCCUUACAUAUUGACAUCUUCAUUUUCAAGCCUAAUUUAGCAUAAUAGAUUGAAGUUGGUUUGUUGCUAGUUGCAUAUUAUGUAGACAAGAAUAGGUUCAAUUGAUCAGUCUCAUUCUUUGGCCACAAAGGCUUUGGUGCUAUUCUUUUAGCUAGUCAAGUUGUGAUCCUUUGUUAAAAAUAUAAGAAAAAGUGAAGGUGCAUU